AUGUGUUUUCUAUAUUCUACGGGUUGGUGUGAUUGAUCAAAUGACUGAACCUGUACAAAGGGUUUUCUUAGUUAAUCUAGGAAAGCAGGUUUGCUAGAAAUUCUUGCUUCUCCUAUCUCAUCUCACUCAAGUUAUGAUCUUUCUUGAUUCCAUUAGUUCCAAUGACUUGGCAUGAUUUCUCUGUUACAACUUCAUUCCCCUGAUGCAAGUCCAUCAAUGAAUAUUACUGCUUUACGCACUUUGUCACAUACCCUAAAAACUUUUGGAGAGGAGGUUCUUGAUGACACAGCAGUAGCAGCAUUGUCUAACUCCUCGCCUCUUGUACGUUGUGAGUCAACUUUGACUUUGCGUGCACUGGCGGAGAUUGAUCCGACAUGUGUUGGUGGUUUGGUCAGUUAUGGGAUCACUACACUGAAGGCACGAAGAGAAAAUGUGUCAUUUGGGAAGGGAAACAACCUCUGCCUCUUGGUUAACCAAAUAAGGAGAUGGAAGACCAGGUGUUUGAUAUUCUUUCAUUAUGGGCUUAUAUCUUUAGUGGUCGAGGCUAAGAGAAUCAAGCAGAUUCAUCUGAGAAUCUAUCUUCUAAAAUAA